AUGUUAUCCAAGGCUUUCAUUCUAUCUCUUGUUCCCCUCGCCGCCGCACACGGCAAGGUGGCCCAGAUGCAGGGUGAUGUCACCGGAAACACCACCGGGUUGGCCAUCCAAGGUGGUGUGGUUCCCGGCCCUGGAAAGAACAAAGUUACCGAAGUCGACACCACUGUGUUCGGUAGGACCAACAUCCAGACAAAUGGUCUGGGAAGGACCACGGGCGGUGGCAAGAACACGGUCGACAUGGUCGCGCAAGCCCAGGAACUCUCCGGCGGCGGCGCCCUCCCCCAGGUCAACUCCCAGGUCACAGGCGUCUUCCACGUCGUGACCUCAGACGGCUGCGGCGCCGUCAAGGCCGUCAUCGACCCGAGCGCGACGGGCCAGUUCGCCGACGGCACCCUGGCCCAGACGACGGCCGACGUCCCGGGAACCCGGGGCAACUGCCCGCGCAGCAUCACCAAGAAGUCGUACGUCCGGUCCCUGCUCGAGAACACGGGCGUCAUCCAGAAGCGCGCCACGAACGUCAACCAGGACUUCAACGUCGCCUUCACCGUCCCCGCCGGCACGACCUGCACGGGGCAGGUCAACGGCCAGUCGGGGGUCUGCCUUAUGAAGAUUGCUAAUAACAAUGCCGCGGGGCCGUUUGGUGGUAUCAUUGCCUUCCAGAUGGCCAAUGGUGCGGUUAAUGGGACGCCGCCCGCUACGCCGCCCGCUACCGGUGCUACGCCAGCUGCCACCGGUGCUGGCACCGGUGCUGGUGCCGGCACUGGUGCCGGCACUGGCACAGGGACUGGAGGGACUACCGGGACGGGAGAAGACGAAGGCACGGACGAAGAAAGUGGGAACCAAGGAACUGGGAAGAAUGGCGGCGGCGGCGGCACUGCCAGGCGGCAUGCGCGAGCCUUCGACGCCUAA